UGACGCAUAUAGUCAGUCAUCCCUCUACAUUUAACGUAUAUUCAUAACUAUAGGGAGCUCACGGCAUGAUAUGAAUAUUAAAUAACGGCUGUGAAGUGUGCAGCACUGUGAGACAGGAGGGUUUCCUUCAGUAGUGUCAAAGACCCGCUCAUAGACAGGGAGCUUUUUGAGAUGUAACCAUGGUUACCGUGCGCUCUCCUCUCGUCACUGUGCUCUUCCUGUAGUCAUAAUGAGAGCAGGGGGACAGGAAGUGGAUGGACAGUUUAGACUCUGAGCACAAGUCUUGGGACAGCGCGAGCAAUUGUCUGGAGAUCAGUGUACUAAGAGUGCCUCAGCGAUGAUCAAUAGCGAAAAUCAAAUCGCUUGAGCAAGUAAUGAAUACAACAGCACUGUCUUCUGUUUCCUGUCCUCUUGCCUCAUAUCUUCUACACUCAUCUUCAGUCCUUUCUCCUCCUGUUUUGCCUCCUCUCAUUUUCUCAUCUCACGUCUUCCUCUUCCUCUCACCUCCUCUCCCCUAUCCCUUUGACUCUUCUUUUGUUUCUCCCAUCCCUUCCUCUCUUCUUUUCUUACCUCCUUUUCUCUCUCCUUCUUUCCUCUGUAUGCUCCCAUUGGUCUUCUGUUGCCUCCUCUCAUUGUUUUCUCUCACUUCUCUUUGCCUCUCCUUUCAUCUUCUGUCCCCUCUCCAACCUCUUACCUAAUGCUUUCUCUUCUUCUAUUAUAACUUUUGCCUACUUUCUCCUCUCCUCUCCUCUCCUCUCCUGCUCAUUUCACCUGUCCCUUGCACUGUUUGCCUCUCCUCUCAUUUGCACCACCUAAUAUUGCUCUCCUCUACUUUCUCUUCAUCUUUCACUUUUCCUGUCCUCUCCCUCUCAUUUCACCUUCUCUCCUUUAAUCUCCCCUCACCUGUCCUCUUAUCUCCACUUUCAUCACUUUCACUCAACUCUGCACCAUUUCAUUCACUGCCUUCACUUUACCUCUCCUCCUCUCUCUCUGUUUCUCCUCUCAAUUGUCACCUUUUAUCUCGCUUCUUAUUGUUUUGCCUUUGCCUUCCCGUUUCCUCCCUUCACCCCUUCUUUCACCUCCUUUUCUCCUUUCCUUUCCUCACCUCUCCUUUACUUUUGCCUCUCCUCUCCUCUGCAGUGGUCCCUCAUUUUUUCCCGUCCACAGAAAGCCCAUUUGUGUUGCCAUUCCACCAGUGCUCACAGACGCCCACAGAGUGUGUGUGUGUGUGUGUGUGUUUGAGUGUGUUUGAGUGUGUGUGAGUGUGUGUGAGUGUGUGAGUGUGUGUGUGUGUGUGUGUGUGUGUGUGUGUGUGUGUGUGUGUGUGCGUGUGUGCGUGUGUGUGGGAGGGAGCAACAGCAGCUUCUGCACUCAGACAAAGAGGCUGGGGUUGAUCUGAUGGCUAUUAUCGGCAAUGUGAGGUACAGCUAGUGGAAAGAAGGGAGGGAGCCUGAGAGACCGAGAGGGAGGGAGAGAGAGCGCACAGUGGCACAGGAUGCAGAGGCAUACAAAUGAGUGUGGGAGUGCUGGAGAAACAGAAAUCUACCAAGCAAGCUGCACGCUGUCAUUCCUAUCCUCUUUCGCGCACACUCGCUCGUUGCCUCCCGCACGCGCACACACACACACGCACAUGCCUGCACUCUCCACACGUUGAGACACAGGUUGAGCAGCACAGAGUCGGUAAUGCGCAUCUCUCUCUUGUGGAUGUAAUUUGGAGCCUUCAGCAUGUCUACCUCCACAGCCGGCGUGUUUCUCCACCAGCACGGACCCUAACGCUCGCUCUCCUGAGAGGACCUCUUCUUCUAAUUUGCUCUCUCUUUCUGCUUUCCUCCCUCUCUUGGCUGCUUUCUGAACAUUACUUUCUUCUGUGGCUUGAAAUCACUUUCCUACCUCCUUUUUCUCGCUCUUUCUGUCUCUCCCCGCUUCCACUCGCGCUCUCCGUGGCUUGUUGAGCAUGGCGGGUUCGUUUGACAGUCACUUUGCAAGGAACAUGAUGUGGCAGUGCCAGCUCUCGCAGCCGGACUGUCGCUGCUACCGGGUGGAUGGCUACUCACUUCUCAAACGCCUCCCUCUGCACCCCUUGAUAGGCCCCCGCUGCCCCGUCCAGUCCGUGGGACAGUGGCUGGACAACAUCGGUCUCGUGCAGUACGAAAACCACCUGCUGUCUAACGGCUUCGACAACGUUCAGUUCAUGGGUAGUAAUGUUGUGGAGGACCAGGACCUGCUAGAGAUCGGGAUUUUAAACUCUGCCCACAGACAGCGGCUUCUUCAGGCUAUUCGCCUGCUGCCCAGGGUCCGGCCCAUUGGUUAUGAUGGAAAUAACCCCACCUCGGUGGCAGAAUGGCUGGAGUCUCUGGAGCUGGGAGACUAUACCAAGUCUUUCCUCAUCAACGGCUACACCUCAAUGGAGCUGGUCAAGAAGAUCUGGGAGAUCGAGCUCAUUAAUGUUCUUAAAAUUAAUUUGAUCGGCCACAGGAAAAGAAUACUCGCUUCGCUUGGAGAUCGACUGCACGAAGACCCUCCGCAGAAACCACCACGGGCCAUCUCCCUAAGGGAGCCCACCGGGAACCACACUCCACCUCAGCUGUCCCCGUCUCUGAGUCAGGCCUACCCCAACGCCGGCUCCCUGGACGUCCAGCACCUCAUCAUGCAGGCCGACGCGAGACGCAGACGCAACGACAACUACUUUGAGGACGUGCCGCGCUCCAAACUAGAGAGACAGAUGGCACAAGUCAGUAUGCAAGGGGAAUGGUGCGAGCCAAUCACGUUACGGCCUCCAAACGAGGCGACGUCAUCUACGCCGGUGCAGUACUGGCAGCACCAUCCAGAGAAGCUUAUAUUCCAGUCAUGUGACUAUGAAGCAUAUUACCUGGGCUCUAUAUUGGUGAAGGAGUUGCGCGGUACGGAGUCCACACAUGAUGCCUGCGCAAAAAUGAGGAAGUCUACAGAACAGAUGAAGAAGAUCCCCACCAUAGUACUGUCCGUCUCCUAUAAAGGCGUCAAGUUUAUCGAUGCCACCAACAAGAACAUUAUAGCCGAGCAUGAGAUCAGGAAUAUCUCGUGCGCCGCGCAGGACCCUGAAGAUCUGUCCACGUUUGCGUACAUCACCAAGGACCUGAAAUCCAGCCAUCAUUACUGCCAUGUGUUUACAGCUUUUGAUGUGAAUCUGGCCUAUGAGAUUAUCCUGACGCUGGGCCAGGCGUUUGAGGUGGCGUAUCAGUUGGCCCUCCAGGCCAGAAAGAGCGGCCACGGGUCGUCCACUCUGCCAGAGAGCUUCGACAGCAAACCCUCCAAACCUGUCCCUAAACCUCGCGUCAACAUACGCAAGUCUAUGGAGCAGCCCUCAAUGGAUCAAAAGGGCCACGCCAACGUCCCCUGGAUAGUCGAGCCAGGACAGGAAGCCAAAAGAGGAGCCAACACCAAGUAUGAGACCACUAUUUUCUAAUAUACACCCAAAAUACUGUCCACUCCUGUGUGUGUGCCUUACAGAGAGCGCCCUCUAGAGGCCCCCCACGGAGCCACGGGCCCAGUGACCUGUGACAAGCCCGCGUCUCUCCGCCCGGCCAAGCCCGCCCGUUUACCGUGGCUUCUGCAUGAUGACGCUGCCGCUGUCUUUUCUCUCCUCGAUCUUUUGCCCCUCUCUUUCUCUAUCUAUCUAUCUAUCUAUCUGUUGAUCUCACUCGCACCCCUGACCCCUACCCCUGUGGCCGCAGCACGAUACGGGAAGGUCCCGCUCAGGCCUCAGGGCCGCCAAGCUGCCGAUCCUCCUCCAAAACACACAAAAGCGGUUGUUUUUCAUUCAGUUUUUCCCCCUCUCCUCUUUUGAGUUGUCCUUCCCCCUCCGUUCCUCCUCGCUAUUCUUUCCUCGGCUUCUUUGGGAAGCGCCUCUUCAGCCUUUCCCCACCGCCCCCCUCGACUGCUUGAAUGACAACUUAAAACCGUAAUGCUGCUACGAGCCUUAUAAACACACACGUUGUUUUUAGAGUCGGGAUUUGCUUUCUUUCUUUCUGACUUUGACAGCGUAGGGUUAGCGAGGCGGGAGGGAAACGGAGAUGUUUUUGCGAGGUGGGGCAUCCGAAGCGGCUGGCAUAGAAGCGGAGAUUGGACUUCACACGAAGGACAUUUUGCUUGCGUUGUUUCUUUUGUCUCGUAGCGAAGUUUUCAUUUGUAGUACCAGCGCUUGUCAGAGACAAAAAAGAAAAAAAAAAAAAAAAAGUUUUUUUUUUUUUUGUUGUCGUCGUCGUCGUUGUUGUUUUUCUUCUCUUAAAGGGCACACGAGCUUGUUUUAGUCAGUCGAAGCAUAAAAGUAAUUUGCGGACGCAGAAGUUUUGUCAGAUAGCAUUGAACACGAAGGCUUGCUUUUACGACGAGACACUCGGCGAAAACUGUCUCUCGAAUCGCGCGUGUCGUUUUACCCACCGGGAAUUUUUUUCCGUCGCGUUUUCUUUCUCUCCCCUUUUUUUGGUUUUGCCUGUGAACGAGAACCCGAGCCAGUCCUGAGACAUGCAGUGUAGUUGACGGAAAGCAUGCAGUCCGUGUGAACUGGAGAAGGGGGGGCUUUUUUUUGAUGGACGCUUUGGAUAAGUGAUGUGAUUUCAUUCACAGGGCAAUGGCGGACGCCCAUGUCUAUUACAGUGGAAUUCAGAGAAUGUAGCCUGCCCCUAACAUGGACCCUCACUCUCACACGCAUUGCAAAAACGGACCGCAAAUACGGAACCUAAAAGCGUCACCGGAGCCCCUCGUAUCGCACGUGUAAGGAUUCGCACAAGGACUUUUUCGCCUGGGACUUGGCGUACGCGUACAAGGACCGUCGACGUGGACCCGUGGCCUUUUAACGAAACACUCGCAUGCACUCGCACACACACACACUGCAUAAAAACAAUAGGAGGAGACAGUGGAAUGGGAAUGUACACUUUUCAAGAUGCAGCGAUUCGAAACGGACUUGGGCAAGAUUUUCGCUGCGGCGACUCGGACGCCCCACACUGACUUUCACCGAACGUCUAGUCCAAAAUACCAUGGCAUGUCUGGACCGGGCUAAAAAUGGACAUUUACAUGAAUUGCUGUAUUUUAACUUUUAUUUUUUUCCUUUUCCGUUUUCUUUCUUCUUUUCUUUCUUUCUUUCUUUCUUUCUUUUGUUUGUUUGUGGUUAUUGAUCUUAAAAUAUGAAUAUGCACAAUGUGAACGGACUCAUUGCACUGGACAACCAGGAAACGGACACGUCUCGUGCCAGAAUCGCUACGGAGCGGCUGUUGACGUAAUUGGCGACGCCACGCAGAUUAAUAUUCAUAUAUUGGCAAGAAAUUUUACUGUUUAAUAGAGAAGUAUAUUACCGUUACUGUAAUAUUUACAAUUAUUCUAAUUAUUCUUCUUAUCGUGCAAUUCUCGUCUGAUGUCGUCUUAACGUUACAUUAUUUUUAUAUGACGCGUCGAGCUCAAACACACGGCCAUCCGAGAAAACAAACAGAAAAAAAAAAAAAAAAAAGAAGAUUAUUCUAGUACCGCGGAAGGAACCGAACGCGCGGAUGGCUCCACUUGCGUUUCAGAUGAAAAUAUAAAAAGAGAUGUCUUAUUUUCACUCAUUGUCACUGUAGAAUUUUGCCACAGUUGUGUAAAUAAAUAUUUUGUUGACUCAUUGUUCAUACAUGUAAUUAAAAGAGAACAAAAAAAAAUGCAAGAAACGAGAGAAGAGAAAAAAACCGAACAAAAACAAUAAAUCAAUUUUGGCGGGUAAAGUACAACACGUUAAAAGCCAAACGCCGGUAUGAGCAACGGGUGGAUUUGUGACAUCAUUGCUGACUAACACACGUGUAGAUAGGCUUGGGCUUCCAGCACACAGAUUUUGUAAGUUUGGUCUUUAUUUAUAUUCUUGCAAAGCACACGGAAUAAAUCCUGAUUGUAGAACCAUU